AUGGCUCCACGAAACGCCAAAAGAUUCCCAUGCCCCAAGGUCGGAUGCACCAAGUCAUUCGUGCGGAAAAUGGCGCUGCAAUCCCAUCUAGAUGGCCGUCAGCACGCCAACCUGCGGCGGUUCCAAUGUCCCGAAUGCCCCACCCGUUUCGUGCGCAAGGAUGACCGGAGAAAGCAUCGAGAACGAAAGCAUCAACAACUGGCGAGGUUCAGCUGCGGCGCAAGCAGCUGCAGUGCUGCAUACGCAACAAGGCACGAGCUCAAUCGCCACCUGAGACGCUUUCCCGAGCAUAUUCAGGACGAGGGCAAUCCAAGCGCCUCCUUCCAAGAGGUGACGGCUCUUGCAGCACCGAACGAGAAUCCCCACCAACAGGAGGUCGACCAACAGGAGAUCGACCAGCGAUACGAAGAACAGUGGCAGCUACUAGUCGGCUGUGGGAGUUGGGCUGAAUUUCCUGCUGUGCUCGAGGACGAGCGAGUCCAAGAUGAAGAAACGGGAGGGGGACGUCUUGUGGCUGAAUUGUCGCUGACCAUCCUAGAGAAUGACCCCUUCUUGCUCUCUGAACAUGAGCUUCAUUCCCCUAGCGACGAUGCACUCAUGCAGUCGUCCAGAUCCACGUUACUCGACUGCGCUGGAGAACCGCGAGAAGUUGAGCUUCAGAAUAGGUGGAGCAGGAUCAGAGAGUUCUUGCAGGCCUUCAAUUCUGCAUGGGACGAAACAUACGAGAGUAUAACAUCCCCAAGCUGGGUGAGUUAUGCGAGGCCUUUGGGUUCCAUGAUGGCUCUCGACAUGCCCUUUGUGGGGACAGGUUCAUUCGUAGAGCGGGACCUGCCAUUUGCCGCCGAACCAAACCCCGCCGCCCUGGCAGACAACCAAGCAGUCUUGGAUCAGUUGGUGAAAUUUGUCCGCUCCUCCUGGUAUCAAUAUGAUUUUUCCAACCUUGAGGUUGAUCUUCGCCAACUAUAUGCCAAAUUGGCCAACGGGUUUCGAAGGUUUCGGGAGCAUGGAGUGGGAGUACUCGAGCAGCAUGUGAAGAAGCUGCUUCAACAGGCGUUUAAAGAAGAGUUAGCCAGGCGUAAUGAGAUCGAGCGCGACAUCCUCUUUGACCUCAACCAGGAAAUUAGGGAUUUCUGCGCCGCCAGGGAUACUGGGACAUCUUUUGAUAAGCUCGCGAAAGAGUUUCCACAUGCGGACAUCUGGGAGUCACUUGCAGAUAUUUCUGACGAACAAGAACUGAGAGUCAAAUAUCAGAUGGAGACGCGGUUUCUGGUGCAGCAGAAGCAACGAGAGUUGUCGCAUGCAUAUUCAGGAGCGAAUUUGACCCUUGAGUGGCUCGAGGAGGCCAUCCGGUGUGCCCUUCUGGCUCGCCAAUUUUGCAAGUCUAUCAUCUCUGGACACACGGACAGCACCAUUGAGACGGUACGCACCGCCUCACAGCGAGCAGUUGAAAGUGUUAUUGCAACGGCGUCUCAUGUGCAGGAAGAGUGCGAGAUGGACCUCGAUGUCCGCGACUGA